AACCUGUAAUUGUAAAAUGUAAACAUCUAGUGAAUAUCAUGUUUCAAUCUCAUCCACCACUACUUUGUUGGACACCCAUGAAAUUGUGCUGGUAAUCAUCAUUUAUUGUUCAGUUCUGACCAUGGAAGUCUGUGAUGGGUGUCACUUAAAGUAUAUGGAGCUGAUUGAGAGUGUUGGGGAAGAAACGGAGAAACUACAGCAUGUGUGGCGUUGGGUGAGAAUCCCAGAAUGCAACGACGAACAAGAACCAGGCCAAUAAGAAAUACAGUACAGUAUCGUGACAAGUGGUAGAAACAAUGAAUAUUGGAAAUACUGAUAGUCAAGUUUUUGGUGUUGGUGAAGAGAUGUCUGAGCAACUGGAAAUGGGAGAAGACUCGGAGGAGAAACACUGUACACUGGAGCAGCUGUGCCAAGAUCACAAACAAUCCAAGCCAAUAGAACAGCUUAGAAAAUCCCAAGAAGAGCAUCAGCCACUCGGACACCAGCACCAACCAGAACAUCACCAGCUGUUAGACCUGCAGGACAAAACAUCAGAACAGAAGCACCUACCACAAAAACAGCAGCUGCUACAUGAACAACAAGAGCAAAUACUAGAACAGCAGAAGUGUCGAGACUCACAGCAGCAUAUACCACUCAGCCAGCAGCAUCAACUUCAAGAACAACAAAAGAAGCAAGUAGACAAGUACCAGUCACCUGAACAGCAGCAACAGCAAACAGAACAGCAGCAUCAGAGUGUUAAACAGCGAGACCACCCAGGACAGCAGGGCCAAACAGUCGAGCAACAGCAGCUCCAUUUACAGCCAAAGAUAAAUGAACAUAUAAAGCAGUCAAAUAUAGUGGAACAACAACAUAGAACAAAAGAGCAACAGAAAAAUAAACCAAGCUUGCAGCAACAGAAGCAAAAUAUACAGCAACAAAUUAAGAAACAGAAAAAGAACUUAGUUGGUGAGAACCAAGAACGGAUCAACUACCUCGUCCAGGCAUCACGGGCUAUGGUGACAAUGAAAACUAAGGGAACCAAGUCAACUAUCAUUUCAGAUUCGCAAGUAAUUGCAGCACAGGCAGGUUCUUUGGCAGCAGCCAUAGGUCGGCGGUGUGUCAUGCGUUUGGCUCCAGCUCUUAAACGGACAUUGUGCAAGGGAUGUGGAAUAGUGUUAGUAUUCGGUGUAAAUGCAAGGGUUCGACACCUGUCCCGGCGUCAAAAACAUUUAGUUGUGACGUGCCUUACAUGUCAUACAAUCAAAAGAUUUGUCAAUGAUCCCAAGCAUAGACUGUGGUGUGAGCAGAAAGAGGCCACCAUAUAAAGAACAGUGCUGGAAAUACUGUACAGAUAUAUACAAUAUACAGGUAUUAAAGAAUUGAAUGAAGGGCA